GACGCAAAUGACAACACAGUAAUGGCGGCGUGCUCAGUCGCCACGCUUGCCUUGUGAAAACCAUCAAAAAUCGCCGUGUAUGUGUGAAUAUAGAUAAUAAAACUUCACCAUGUCUAAACGACAAAACAAUAAGUUGCCCAACAAUCUGCCGCAACUGCAGAAUCUGAUCAAAAGAGACCCACCGUCUUAUGUAGCAGAGUUUUUGCAGCAGUACAGACAUUACCAAUCCAAUGUGCAGAUAUUUAAACUGCAACCAGACAAAUCUAACAAGGAACUGGCGGAACUUGUCAUGUUUCUUGCCCAGGUGGGCCACUGUUAUCCGGAGUAUUUGUCUACUUUUCCCCAAGAGCUGACUGAGUUGUUAUUGAGUCAUCACACAAUUGUGGAGCCAGACUUAAGAAUGACCUUCUGCAAGGCAUUGAUUCUUUUGCGAAACAAGGACUUGAUCGACCCUACGGGCCUGCUUGAGCUUUUCUUUGAGCUGUUGCGAUGUCAUGACAAGCUACUUCGGAAGACGUUGUACACACACAUUGUGGCUGACAUCAAAAAUAUCAACGGCAAGCACAAAAACAACAAAGUGAACUCGUCAUUACAGAACUUCAUGUUCACCAUGCUGAGAGACCGCAACCCAAUCGCAGCAAAAAUAUCCUUAGAUGUGAUGGUGGAGCUGUACAAGAGGAACAUUUGGAACGACACCAAAACAGUCAAUGUCAUCACCACAGCGUGCUUCUCCACCGUGACAAAGAUUUUGGUAGCCGGCCUCAAAUUUUUCUUGGGGACAGAUGAAGAGAACGAGGGCAGUGAUUCAGAAUCAGAGGCGGAGGGACCAUCGGCGCGUGACCUGGUGAUAAGAUUCAACACAGGGAGGAAAACUUCCAAAAACAAGAAGAAGAUGGAAAAAGCAAUGAAAGUCCUCAAGAAACACAAGAAGAAGAAAAAAGCUGAGGUGUUCAAUUUUUCCGCCAUUCACCUCAUUCACGAUCCUCAAGAUUUUUCAGAGAAGCUCCUGAAGCAGCUGGAAAACUCCAAAGAGCGCUUUGAGGUCAAGCUCAUGAUGAUGGAGCUCAUCUCCAGACUGGUCGGGAUCCACGAGCUCUUCCUCUUCAAUUAUUAUCCGUUCGUCCAGAGGUUCCUUCAGCCACAUCAAAGAGAGGUGACAAAGAUCCUCCUGUGUGCUGCGCAGUCUUCCCACAAUCUCGUCCCGCCCGAGAUCAUCGAGUCGGUCAUCCGCACCAUAGCCAACAACUUUGUCACGGAUCGAAACUCUGGCGAGGUCAUGACUGUGGGGAUUAACGCCAUCAAAGAGGUGGCUGGCCGUUGUCCACUUGGCAUCAGCGAGGACCUGCUCCAGGACCUGGCCCAGUACAAGACCCACAAAGACAAAAAUGUGAUGAUGGCUUCCAGAGGCCUCAUCCAGCUUUUCAGAAAUCUCAACCCGAAAAUGUUGCUCAAGAAGGACAGGGGAAGGCCCACGGAGGCAUCGUUGGAAGCCAGGGUGAAGGACUAUGGCGAGCUUGCAGCUAAAGACUACAUCCCUGGAGCGGAGGUGCUGGAGGUAGAGAAGGAAGUCAAAGAGGGUGAAGAAGACGGUUGGGAGACCGCCAGCGUGAGUGACCAGGACGAGGAUGGGGAGUGGGUGGACGUCCACCACACGUCCGACGAAGAUACGGCAGAAGUGGCGGAAAAGCUAAAGAGUUUACCAGUUGAAGAGCGGGAAGCCAAGGCUGCGGCGAUAAGCGGCAGCCGGCUCCUCACGCAGGACGACUUCAAGAAGAUCAAACUGGCCCAGAUAGCCAAGGAGGUCACCGGUGCGCCAGGGAAGAAGAGAAAAGCGGCAGACAACGACGAUGAAGAAGACCACAACAGUGGGGAGCUGCUGACCCUGAGGAACAUUGAGAAGCUCCAUAAGAAACCAAAAACAGACAAGGAGACACGCCUGGCAACAGCAAUGGCUGGCCGAACGGACCGUAAAGAGUUUGCGAAGAAAAAGACCAAGUUAAAUCCUCACGCCAGCACCAGCAACAAAGAAAAAAGACGCAAAAAGAACUUCAUGAUGAUGAGACACAGUCAGAACGUCCGAACCAAAGGCCAACGUUCAUUCAGGGAGAAACAGAUUGCUCUCCGGGAUGCACUCCUGAAAAAGAAGAAGCAAUAUAAGUAGAACCUCAGAACUCUGAUCACAUCGCACCUAUAAACGUCCUGUUAAUAUUGUAUCAGUUGCAACAUUAUGAAAUAAAUCCUAUUUGGUAGACAAA